CUUUGCCUCUUUCACUUCGCGAACCGAGAGCAAAACAAGCACAGAGGUUUCAAUCCAGGCAUCAAAGCUCCAUGUCUCGAGCAGUGUCCGGAUGACCUCUCCCAAAGAGCUUUCGUUUCUGGCAUACCUCCCGAGCUACGCGUCCCACCCAUCACUUCAUCGCGUAACCCAGCCCGAAGCACAAUGAUCAGAAUUCGCGACUUUCGACCCGACGCAACCAAUCUCUCACGUAUCGUCAACGCAAGAGCCAGACGUGAGAACAGGCCCAAAGUAGUUGAACUCGACACCGAUGAGUUCGUCCACAUCCACUGCGGCGACGUGGUUUUCAUCGUCUUCCGAGAUGUCAUCACCGCUGGUUCCAUGUACUUUGACAGCUGCUUGUUUGGCUUUUUCAAAGAGGCCUACAGCCAAGAGAUCACGUUCGCCCAAGACGUCUGCCCCGACGCCCUCGAGCUCUACCUUAACCUCACGCAUUCCUGGUUCUUCGAAAUAAGGUUUCGUGGCAUCCGAGUCGUACCCGUCGACUACUUUAGAUCCCUGAUCGAGGCUAUCCAAGAGGAACCCUUCCGAAAGGCUCACCUGGAGAUCCCAAAGCUGAAGCUGCGAGAGUUGGCCGAGGUUGUCACACUUGCCGAUCGCUUUCUCCACCGUUCCCUUCUCUGUAUCCUCAGACAGAUGUUUCUUAGUCUCCUCAACACCACACACGUAUCUUGGGGCAAUCUCAAGCAGGAAGCGCGCGACAUGGACGUUUUAUAUCAUGCCGAGUUCGUCUUCGACUAUACAGACACGUUCGAAAUUCUGUUCAUGGGCCACGAUGAUGAAAAAUACCUCAGGAACGCCCUGACUGAGUCUUUCCAUUGGCUUACUCUGAAUACGCCUGAAAUCAGAGACCGAUUCUUGUAUCUCAUGAGCGACGAUUUUAUUGCUGAAUGCGACCAGGACCGCCAUGGACACAGUGAGACUGAGCAAUUCACCCAUGCCAAGGGCAUCUUUGCCACUGACCAGUUUUGCUACGAAUCGGUUACUCGCAUCCAAAAGCAGCGGAGAUUUAAGCGUGUUGUCAAUAUGUGUCCGUUUGAGGACCAGAAAGACAUCUUCCCCUGGGUUGAGAAUCCACAGGAUAGACGCAUCCGUGUCAGACGCUUACACAGUUCUGUCCGUGCUAUUAAGCGCAGCGUUCGAGAUGCUCAUAACCUGGAACAUCGAUUUGACACGAACUCGGUCAUGACAAUAUCCAUAUUCGAGAAGCUGGUCGUGGCCACGGCCACAGUCGCGGUCGUGGGUUCGGCGGUGGCGAACAUCCUCUGUCUCGUGGUGGCCACCAUCAACGGCCUACCAGUACGAUGAACCAUGGUAGUCGGCUCAAAACUCUUAAAGUCGACCCCAAAGAUAACAGAGUUCCUCAGACUGAAGAUGCAAGACUUUUAUCGAACUACGAUCUACAAUUGUCUGUGGCCACGCAGUUGACGCUGCCCUUGAACGAAGCCACCAAUCGGUCCAAUGCUGG